AUGCAGCCAUUCGCACUUUUGUUUCUCGCUGGCCUGGCCGCUGCACAAGUAGCACCCUAUGGUCAAUGUGGCGGUACCGGGUACACCGGAUCCACGUCUUGUGAGGCUGGAUGGGUUUGUCAGUAUCAAAGUGACUGGUACAGCCAGUGUGUUACAGGCAUCGCCACUACCACUAGGACUACUCUGACCACCAAAUCAUCGAGUACAACGACCAGCACAUCGACAAGUUUGAGUAAAUCGACCAGCUCGUCAACUUACACUACAUCGACCAGUGCCUCUUCAACCGCCUUCUCGACCACCAACGGACUCAAUUUUACAAUUGAUGGAGAAACUAGCUACUACGCAGGUUCUAAUUCGUACUGGAUCGGCUUCCUCACUGAUGAUGAUGACGUUGAUCUGGUGCUGGAUCACAUGAAUGAGUCUGGCUUGCGCAUCUUGCGUGUUUGGGGAUUCAACGACGUGAACUCUGUUCCAUCCUCGGGAACUGUCUAUUAUCAGCUCCUCGUGGAUGGCACCGCGACUAUUAACACGGGUGCCGAUGGUCUCCAACGUCUGGAUUAUGUAGUCGCAUCUGCCGAAAAGCGCAAUGUGAAACUCAUCAUCAAUUUCGUGAACAACUGGUCCGACUACGGAGGAAUGGCCGUGUACGUGACGGCAUUUGGGGGUACGCAAACGAGUUGGUACACAAAUGAUGACGCUCAGAGCGCAUAUCGCAAUUAUAUCGCAGCGGUUGUAGCUCGAUAUCUCGACUCGCCAGCGAUCUUUGCAUGGGAGUUGGCUAACGAGCCCCGCUGCAACGGUUGUGAUACUUCCGUCAUCUACAACUGGGUCAAGUCGACCAGUGCGUAUAUCAAGUCGCUCGAUUCUAAGCACAUGGUGUGCAUUGGAGAUGAGGGAUUCGGGCUUGAUGUCGAAUCAGAUGGCAGCUACCCGUACACCAUAAGUGAGGGUCUCAACUUCACCGAGAAUCUCGCCAUCGACACCAUCGACUUUGGCACGCUCCAUCUAUAUCCAGACAGCUGGGGAACAACCUACGCAUGGGGCGACGGCUGGAUCACGGCACAUGGUGCAGCAUGCGCUGCAGCUGAAAAGCCAUGCUUGCUGGAAGAAUAUGGCGUCACGUCUAACCACUGCAGCGUAGAAGCUCCCUGGCAGAAGACGGCCCUCGAUACAAUUGGCAUCGCAGCCGACCUGUUUUGGCAAUAUGGCGACAGCCUCAGCACUGGCGAGUCGCCUAAUGAUGGCAAUACCGUUUAUUAUGACACAAGCGACUUCACAUGUUUGGUCACUGAUCACGUUGCUGCGAUUGGAUGA